AUGUCUCUGAUGACUAGAGAUGCAUUGGAGUUCCCUGACUCCGACAGGGUCUUCCUGGAGCCUCAUUUGCCUCCACAAGAUACCCAACAAAACGACUCAACCCGGCAAUCUGAUAUGCCCUUCACAACAUUGACAUUCGCAACAUCACUGGACUCUUCUCUCGCCUUAUCGCCCGGUGCGCGAACUGUCCUCUCUGGCCCGCAGUCAAAGGCUAUGACUCACUACCUACGGUCUCGCCACGACGCCAUACUCAUCGGCGUCGGAACGGCACUAGCCGACGACCCUGGCCUCAAUUGCCGAAUUUCUGGCGUCGGAGGCUAUGGUAAAGAAGGCCUAGAUGGCCAACCACGUCCUGUGGUGAUUGAUUCCACCGCCAGAUGGGAUUUCUCCGAGGAGAGCAAACUAUUUCAACUGUGCAGACAGGGACGUGGUCGAGCACCUUGGAUUGUGACUGCACUUGCAGAACCUCCAGCUCAUAAGAAAGCGCUGCUGGAAAAAUAUGGUGGAAAAUUUAUCGCGUUGCAAAUGAUGACUACGGAAAAUGGAAAACAUAUCAUCGACUGGAAAGCUUUGCUUGCUACGCUUCGGAUCCAUGGUAUUCAAAGUGUCAUGAUUGAAGGAGGGGGUCAAGUCAUCAAUUCUCUGCUUGCACCGACGUACAUGUCUUUGAUUGAUAGUGUCAUUGUUACUAUCGCACCUACUUGGCUGGGUCGUGGUGGUGUGGUGGUGUCUCCUGACCGACGGUAUGAUGAACAAGGGAAUGCCAUGUCUGCUGCACGUUUGACAAAUGUCAGAUGGUAUCCAUUUGGCGAAGACGUUGUCCUAUGUGGGCAGAUGAAGAAAUAA